AGGCAAAAGCCACUUCCAAUGGAUUCAGAUCAGCGAUUAGCGUUUUUUUUUUUAUGUCAUUCAAGAAUACACAUAUUGUGAUUCGAAUUUAACGUCACGUGUUCCUGAAAUUAGAAUAAUUGACCCGGGUUUUUUUUUUGCGUGAACAAUCACCUGACGAUAUUUUACAAUUAAAAGUCACUGUUAUUAAUUACAUACUUUAUAUUAUUGUUUUACAAUUUAUUAAUAUAUACCUAUUUGAGAUCGUUAUGUAUAUAGAUCAUUUUAUAUGUAUAGAUUUAUUACUCAAUAUUUUUUUUUUAAAGUAGGAAAAAUAAAAAGAAUUUAAGGUACAGAUCACUAAAGAAAAUUACUACUGUGACUGAGCUCCCCUUUCUCGCUGUUGAGGUAUAAAAAUUAUCCCAGGUGACUAAUUCAUCCCGGAUUAAGAUAUAAGAAAAUAUAUAAUUUUUUAAAACAAAACCUGGAUAAUGCAGAUUUAACAAUAAUCAAUGCGUGAGAAUUAAAUUUUCAAAGUUUUAUUCUCGUAUGAAUAUUUUUUAUUAUUAUCAUUUUGAUAUCGUAAAAUGCGUAUCCUUUGCUUGUUUCUAAAUAAUUAUAGAGAUCUUAUACAAUCAGGGAAUUAUAAAUUGAGCAAAAAAAAAUUGUUCUUUUAAAUGACGUAAUUUAACUGUUGAAGAUUCAACGUAGAUUACUCAAUACAGUAAUAAUAUACAGGGCAACGUGAUGGCAUAAGAUUAUGGAUUAUGUAAUUGACGUGUUAAGACACAAAUUCCCGAAAUAAAUGCAGUCACGGGGCUGUAAUAUUGGCCGGUCGCAACGCGCUUCAUUAUCGUGCGGCAAGCGUGAUACGGAAGUCGAUUCCUGAUUUAUUUUCCGCGCGUGUUAAUCGUAAUCUCCGAUGUACGGCUCGAGACGUUAUACGGCGAUGCACAAGGUAACGUCGGAGAUAUAUACGGAAAAUAAUCAUAUCUCUGAGAAGCUCAACAAUGGCAAUGCGGUGACUAAAUUCGCUUUUAAAUGCCCGUCUUACAUGAUCGAGGCAGAAUCCACAGGCGGGACACUAAAUUGUGACAGUGACGACGACCUCGAUGUCGAUAGAGACAGAGAAGGAGCAAUUCUAAUAGAGCAUAGCGUAUCUACGGACCUCAAUUUAGUCGGUUUGCAAGUGUGGCGAGCCGCUCUCCUAUUAGCCGACUACAUCCUGUCGCAUCCGGAUUUGUUUAGAAAUCAAAUAAUUCUAGAAUUAGGAUCUGGAGUCGGUCUGACCGGCAUCGUAGCGAGCUACUUAGCUAAGGAAGUCAUUUGCACCGAUAUCAACGUCGGCGGUAUAUUGAAUCUAAUCGAACGGAAUUUUCUGAGAAACCGUACGUACGUUAGAUCGAGCUAUCGCGUCGAGGAGGUGAAUUUUUUGAACUUGGACUGGCCGAAAAAGUUGGAGGAGAGAUUGCAGAGCGCAAACGUCGUAUUGGCCGCGGACGUGAUUUACGAUGACAAAAUCACGGAUGGGUUUGUCCGCACGUUGACGAAACUUCUGUACACGAAAAAGAAAAAGACAAUUUACGUCGCUCUCGAGAAAAGAUACGUCUUCACAGUCGCCGAUUUUGACACCACCGCUCCGAUGUACGAAGAAUUUUUACGUUGCGUCGAAAAGUACAAAAUGAAUUGGUCUGUAGAUUACAUAAGUAUAGAUUUUCCUCGCUACUUCAGAUAUGAUAGAGUCAAACAUUUGGUUUUAAUGAAGAUACAGAACAAUACGAGAUCUGUUGCAUAUACAUAGCGAAGUUUUUUUUUUUAAUUAGGUACGCAAAUAAUACAUUACGACAACACGCGUAAUACGUUAUCGUAAUUAUUUAUAAAAUAUUUAUACGUGAUUUAUUACAAAGAGCAAGGGAACUUUUUGCCACAUUCAAGAAAUCAAAAUCUCUGUAGACGUAUAUACUUAACAAAAUACAGUAUCACAAUUGCGUAAGUUGUAAAAAAGAUAAUAGUUAAUAUUUCACGAACAUUUACGUUUAUCAUUGUAUACACGAAACAAAUAAUAAAAAUUUAGCACAAUUUCUCCAAACAGAAAUUAGCUUAAACUACAAAAUCUAGAAAAUCAAUUCCUUUUAAUCAAAUCCUUAGAUUUACUUCGUGUAACGAGUAAGAAACGAUAAUCUAAGGAUCAAAUAAAAGGAAAAAUACGAACAUACUUGGAGUGUGAUAAAAAUGACAGCUAUAUAAUUA